AUGGCAGCAACAAUGAACACCGUGACGACGCUGCCGGAUGGCCAGCAGAUGCUGAUGGAGCCGGUAACUGGCCAGUUCCCCCAGGUCACACCCGGCACCGUGCAGCCCGGUCCAUUGACCCAACCACCAGGCCCCGGCUACAUGUAUGCUGCACCUCCAGGAACCGAGGCUGCACCCGGCCCGGGCUUCAUGUAUGCCGUCCCCACCGCGACUGAGCCCGUGCCCACUGAGCUGCCAGCUGACGCUGCCCCCGGCCCCGGCUACGUCUUCGCUGCUCCCGAGGGUGUGCCACCUGGCGCCAUGUACGCCGCUCCCGCGGCGACCGAGGUGCCACCUGGUGCAAUGUACGCCGCCCCUGCGGCGACGGAGGUGCCACCUGGUGCAAUGUACGCCGCCCCUGAAAUGCCACAGGGUGCAACGUACGCUGCUCCCGUGGCUAUGGAGGGUGCAAUGUACGCCGCCCCUGCUGCCAGCGAGGGUGUGCCGCCGGGUGCAAUGUAUGCUGCUCCCAUCGGUGAGGGUAGUGAGGGGCAACCAGCACCGGCGCCGAUGCUGGGACAGACCAUCAUGGGAAACACUUACCAGGUCAAAAUCCCGGUGGACAGCAUGAGGGAUGAGAGCGGCGCCACGAUGACGCCGCUUGCUUGGAUUGGGAAACUCUCUUCUCAGAGACAAGCUUCGUGA